AUGGAUCUGGAAACAUUGGUACGUGAAUAUGAUAACUGUCUCCAUACUAUCUUAAAUAAACAUGCACCGGCUAAAUUCCGGGAAAUUACAUUGCGCCCAAAGGCACCUUGGUAUACUGAUGAAAUCAAUGUUCAAAAACGAAAACGGAGACAACUUGAGAGAAAAUGGCGUAAAACAAAGAUGAAUGCUGAUAGGAAUCUGUAUAAACAACAAUGUUAUGUUGUGAAUAAACUGAUUUACUCCUCAAAAUCGGCUUACUAUACUGACUUAAUCAAGGAUGGGUCAUCUGAUCAAAGAACUCUCUUUAAGACCGUAAGUAAUUUGCUGCACAAAAAUACGCCUACCCGAUAUCCAUCAUCUCCUGACCCAAUGUCACUGGCAAACUCAUUUUGUGAUUUUUUCACGCAGAAAAUUGUUAAAAUACGAGGUGAAAUCAAUGACACCCUCUUAAUUAAUGAUAUAGAAAACCCAUUUCCCGAUGGUGAUUCAUGUCCCCAUGAACUUCGUGUUUUUAAGGAAGUUGGUAACAAUGAGAUGUUCGAUUUAAUUCAACAGAUUGCAAUGAAAUCAUGUGUUCUAGAUCCUAUUCCAGCGGUUAUGCUGGAACAUUGCCUAAAAGACAUCGUGCCCAUUAUAACGAGAAUAAUUAAUUUAUCUUUGGAAAAUGGUUUAAUGCCUGACUCUCUAAAGAUUGCUGUUCUUAAACCGUUAUUAAAAAAGUGUGGUCUUUCCUAUGAAGAAUUCUGCAGCUUUCGUCCAAUAUCUAAUUUGAAAUUUGUUUCGAAAUCUAUUGAGAAAGCAGUUGCUGUACAAUUAAUGAAUUAUCUUGACGAGAAUAAACUACAUGAGAAGUUCCAGUCUGCCUAUAAGCCUCGUCAUAGUACAGAAACAGCAUUAUUAAGGGUUCAAAGCGAUAUUCUCCAAGACCUCGACAAUGGAAACUCUGUCAUUCUCGUUCUACUGGAUCUGUCAGCAGCGUUUGACACCGUAGAUCAUUCGAUCUUAUUAACACGAUUAUGGAAGCGAUUUGGUAUAAAGGGUCGUGUUUUGGAUUGGUUUACUUCAUAUCUUAUAUCUAGGACACAAUUUGUUCGUGUUGAGGGAACCGAGAUUCGCUAUGGCGUGAUCUUGAAUGUGGUGUACCGCAGGGAUCGGUAUUAG